AUGGAUCCGCUAUCGCGGAAUGCUUCCAGCAACACUAUCACUACAUAUCUACGGCUCCUUCGAAAGUCCAAAACUUCCCUACCCUACGGACAGCUCAUAUGCGUUUCCGCUUCUCCUAAUAUUAGCACUAUGACUGCGUUGCUGCGAUUGGUUUAUGCUGUUGGCCCAUUCAUCGCCGUACUUCAGGUACACGCGGAUAUUAUUGAUGACUGGUCACAGAAAGCUGCGCGGAAGUUGUCGUUCUUGGCUCGGAAAUAUGGAUUCUUGAUUUGGGAAGGGGGCCGGGUGUUAAAUGUUUCAAAGCGCUCGGGGAAACAUCAGAGUAUGACCCGUGAGCAGAUUAACCGGGAUGUUGACUUGGCUCGGAAACGGUAUACAAAGGGUGUCGUCAGUGUGGCUGCUUGGGCGGGAAUGGUUAGCUCUUGGGUUAUCGGGCCAGAGGAACAAGGGAAAGGUGGUGAUCGGCUGGUUCCUACCUUGAGAUACGCUGCGAGGGAAACGGUGGCGGUGUUGACAAAAUCCGUCUGCACCGAAAUCAGUGGGGGGAACGAGCAGCGGGAUAUGGAUGACGACGGACACUCUAACAGCACUGCUGGCGAUGACAAAAAUGACGAGGAGAUUAACAAUGGUGCUACACUCGGGGAUAGUUUAUUUUUCCCUGCUCCGCGGAAGGGAUCUGUUAUAUCCCUGACUCAAACGAUCACCCAACACACUGAGCCUUCUAUCCCUGAAUUAUCUCCGACAGGAGAAAAUCUGUAUUCGGAUGACGAGGCAUAUUCAGAUGGCGACGACAUACCCACAUCUCCUACAACCUACCCUCCUCCACCUCUCCUAACGCGAGGUCUGGUGCUUUGUCUUCCCGCGGUAGACGACCCUGCAUUCAGCCAUGAAUAUAGGCAAUAUAGUGUAGCAACGGCAAAAGCGCAUAGCGAUUUCGUUGUCGGCUUUGUCAGCGGCGAGUCCUGGAUUGACGUCUCCCAGACCGGAACCAUCAUCAGUCCCCACACGGGUUCGCAUGACGCGGGUAGUGAUGGAGAGCACGAAACAAAUGGAAAAAGCAACGAAGAAUUAGCCUACGUCCUUUUCGCCCCACUUGAAAGCGACCAUAUCCUAUUUCCCGGACUGGACAACAUGUCCCCUCCCCCAAUGGAUGACAUAGCAGAUUCCCUUGCAGAAAGUGUCCAGGUGUACCUUAAUGUAAACGACGGUUCCUCAUCACCUCGAUCAUCACAUUUCCCCUUAUCUCCCCGCCAAGCAGCAACUUCAGCUGUGCAAAACCAGCAAAUACACACGCUGCACCAACUUAUCGCCCGUGCGAUAUCUGUCAGGGACGUAAAGGCCAGGGCGAACCAUGCACAACCAGACUUUCAGCAGGAGUCGAUACAAAAUGACUUUGAACUGUUAUGCAUCCCUGUUAUUUCGAUGAAUGCUUGA